AUGCAUGCGUCUGAUCUGCUUAAGACGAACUUUCUAUCAAACCCAUCCACUUGUGCUGAGUUGGUUGAUCAAAUCCAUCAGGCUAGCGAUCUUGGAGUAGCUUUUGCUGUUGAAACUAUCCGAAACUCGUAUGUUGUUGUCCCCUCCUCUGGUACACACUUGGUUAGUCGAAAAGAUGCAUACUUUCGUCUUCAGCGUAAGAAUGCUAACAUCUCUCUUGGCUAUGACAAACUCCUAGCUGGAUUUCGCACUUAUCACAAGUCUGCUGAAAAAUCCAAGUCUGAAACCAUCAUAGAUGCAUACAAGUUGGGCUACCUGCACUGUGCAGAUGGGACUGCUACUUUCUAUACAAUUGAAGAUGAAGACAUCGAGACGCUCUACCCUGACUUGUUCCCUAUGCGAGGAGGAACUGAAGAGAAAGUAGCUGAAGAGGAUAGAGCAGAGGAGGACGUAAUUGAUGAGAUGGUGGCAGAUGUCGCAGAGCAGGCAGGUGGAGCUGCUGAAGGCAUGACUUAUCAAGUGGAUGCUAAAGAGGCUGCAAAUCAAGGGCCUACUACCGAAAUCUCAGAGUAG